GUAUGCUGGGAAACUUACCAUCUUGAGGUGGAAUAACCAGGAAUCUAGACUGUUAUCAGGGUCCAACCAUCCCAGCUCUUUGGCACCAGGUUUUACAUGUUCAAUUUGCCCCAAAAGGACUCAAAUUUGAUUGGAAGACCUUUGAAUUCAGGUAGCAGGGCACUAGCUUUACUUACUAAGAAUUUUGAGUUCACCAGAUGUGGAUGGAAGCCCUGGAGAGAUCACUGAGAUCAUGUCGUCAGAACUGGCCACCAUGGUUGCCAUCUUCCUGAACAACCCAACAGAUUUUUUCGUCGUUCGAAUGGACACCGCCACUGGAACCCUCCAGGACAUACGACAUGAGGCUACCAGGCAGGGCGAGAACAUCGCCAACUGUCUGUUCACAACUCCCGAGGGGGAAGUCAUCGCACAGAGCAUAGAACAUCUACUACAGUAUCAGCACAUCUUGCAUGGACCAGUCAACAGUUUUUUGAGGAUGGAGAGGGAAAACCCAAAGGACAUCCCCACCCCAUCUAGCACCACUAGUGAAUCUCACCCACCCUUAGCCAACACCUCAGAAUCUCAUCCACCCAUCACCUCAAACUCUAGUGAAUCCUCCCCUCCUAGUACCUCUGUUCAGUCUCCAUAUUUUACUUGCCAAAACCGUAAUGGUCAUCAUCGGGAGGGGGCUAUCAUGUCCGGUAAUCCCCCCUCGUCCAACAGCGGAAACACCGGCCCACCCCCUGAAUUAUACCCGAUAUUCACCAAGAACAGGAAGUGGACAUGUACAUCGAGCGCAUCAAAGUUCCACGUAUACAGCGAAGAGGACAUAGCAAGCUCUGCCACAGACAAGGAAAGACAGUACAAACAGUUUUGGAACAAUGUUGGACAGGAGGAAGCUGUGCAGGGCAUGACCAAGGCUCAAAUGCAGGAGGAAGUCCACGACCACUGGAGAACAGUCAAAGCCAAGGCCGCUGAACCUACCCCUACAACCAUGACUAGUACCACUGUUGUAACCAACACCACCUGUACCUCCACUAGUACCACUACAGUUACUGUCACCACUACUGUUACUACAGUUACUACCACUCCACUGUUGGACCAGCUGCCUGGGCUGAGAGCUCAGUUGGUCACAGGUAAGGACCAUUAUGUAGAAAGAAACCUGCAGCGAUACUUUGACAACCCACAGGAGCUAGACAAGGUUGCAGAGGUGAUAAGGAGAAGAUAUGUGAAGAAAGGAGUGAAUGCAGGUUUUGUCAAACACCAUGUAUUGAAACUCACUGUCAGCUAGUUUUUAUCUUGGUAAGCCAAAUGAAUAACUUUGUAUCUUAUCAAAGCGAUACUUUUCCAUCAUUGGACCUCAAACUGUUGACAUGAUAGUGAAAUAUUCAUUUUAGUUGUUUGAUAUUAACAUAUUUUUGUAUUGAAAUCAAAAGUAGCUUUGUUUUUUUUUAGCAGUGAAUAUGUGGCAUCAACUGUUCUAGAAAGCUGUGGAGUCAUCAAGCAACCAGGAAAGUUAAAUGAAAUGAAAACUUGAUUCCAAGUCACUGCGCAAUGCUUUUGACUAAGUAAUGCUAAUAGUUUCAAACUGUUUUCAAAUUGUUGGGAACUACGACACACUAUUUGUAAAUCUUUAAAAAUCCAUUGCCUGCUUCUGUAUGUUUUUAGAUAUCACUGCUUGUCACUAGUGGCUGUUUUGUGGUGCGACAUCUAUGUAUGGGAAUUUUACCCUGUACUUCACAAAAGUAAUCAUAAAGAACUGAAAGCAGCUGUAGACAGUAGCAAUGUACAUCCUCUCAGUGACUAGGAAUUGACUAGAGACUACAUCACUUUGUAAUAGUAUUUUAUCAGGCAAGUAAGAAGAAAAAGAACAAUGGACCGGCAUGGAAAUUAGAUUAGAAAAGCAAGAAUAAAGAUGAA